GCAUUUUUAAAUUUCUCAUCGUUUCUUUUCUUAUUUUCAAACGUUUGAUCCGUCGAUUCAAAAAUGAGGACACGAGAAACGCUUGAAAACAUCGAUUCUUCGCUUUUUACACCCUGAAUUACACAGAUUCAAUUUCAAACAAUUUUAACCAGAUUUUUUAACAUUUUGGUAGUUAGUUAGUUACCGAUCGAGGAAGACAUUUUUCAUAAUUGUGCAAAAAUCAUCCAAUUUUUCGCUCAGCGUCGAAUCGGCUAGGUUUAUAUGUCAUGUAAAACUCACACUAAAUUAAGCCGUGAAAAAAAAUCAUUAUUGCGUUUUGUCCGUAAAAAUGUAAGUUUCCAUGACAAGGAAAAGUGUACAAUUGCCCGCGAUAUGUACAUUAUAAAGCGUCCUUCGUCCUUGAUCGUACGUGAGGUGGAUCGGUGAACUUGGUCAAAUUCGCUUAUUAUUCCCGAGAUGUUGGUCGAUCGGUAAGCGCACGAUCAUAGCUGCGAGUCUCAGUAUUACUCGAUUACGCGCGAUGGUAUGAUCAUCGCAAUCGCAAACCGAUCGUUGCGAACAACGCGCGGCACGGAAAAUUGUUUAUCCAAGUCGAGUUUUGUGCAAAGAUGUGGCUUUUCUUGGCUACGAUUAUUGUUCUGGCUUGUGCAGCCUUAUACCUGGUGAUAUUUUACUUCUGGAAACUCGGCAAGAUUCGCAAACUUGUCAAGUGUCCCGGGCCUCCCUCGAUGCCGUUCAUCGGAAGCGCUCACUAUUUCAUGGGCAGUACCGAAGACAUCUUGAACGAGUUUCGCAAGUGGAUGAACAUGUAUCCGUCGCCCUUUCACGCUUGGCUCGGUACUCGACUAUUCUACGUGGUGUACGAGCCUCAACAGUUAAAGCGAUUGAAAUUUCCACAGACGAUCCUCGCCAGUUCCAAAGCAAUCGAAAAGGAGGACCUGUACAAAUUCGCCAGGCCUUGGAUGGGCACGGGCUUAUUCACCGCACCAGCGAGCAAGUGGCGAUUGCAUCGCAAAUUAAUCAUGCCGACGUUCAAUCCGCGGAUUCUCGAAGGUUUCGUCGAGAUAUUCGCCAAGCAAGCCAACGUCCUGGUGAAGGAGCUGCGAGUCGAACUGGACGCCGGCGAAUUCGACAUAUUUCAAUACGUUUCGCUGUGCACCCUCGACAUCAUCUGCGAGACUGCCAUGGGCGUGCCGUCGAGUGUCCAAGUCCAACGCAAAUCGCUCUACGUAGACGCGGCAAAACGACUCUUUGAAAUAAUGUUUUCGCGUAUGCUGAAAAUAUGGAUGCACCCGGACAUCGUGUUCAAUUUAACGAGAGACGGAAGAAACUGGCGCGAAGGUAUUCGAUUCGUUCACGAUUUGACCGAUCAAGUGAUAAAAAAGAAAAAGUUGGCUUUGAUGUCAUCGAACAAAACUCCUCAAGACGGAGAGUUCAAAAAAGCAUUUUUAGAUCAAUUGAUGGAGCUGACUAAUGAGGGUAAAAAAUUUACCGACGAAGAGUUGAGGGAAGAAGUUGAUACGAUGAUGAUAGCUGGCAAUGACACAACGGCAUUAGUAAAUACUUACGUACUCUUCAUGUUAGCUUUAUUUCCCGAUGUUCAAGAGAAAGUUUACCAAGAACAAUUCGAAAUAUAUGGCGAUAGCGAUCCCAGUGAUGUGCCUGUGCGACACGAGGAUUUGAAUCGUAUGGAUUACUUGGAACGCGUUAUCAAGGAGACGCUGAGACUUUUUCCGAUAGCGCCAAUAGUCGUUCGAAAAAUUACCGACGAUUUGAACAUUGGUGAACACACCUUGGUGAAAGGAAGCUCGGUAGUUUUGGCUUUUUUAAAAACUCACUGGAGCGAGGAGUACUGGCCAGAUCCAAUGAGAUUCGAUCCCGAUCGAUUUUUACCCGAGGAAUGUUUAAAGAGACACCCUUAUACGUUUUUGCCUUUCAGUGGUGGACAACGAAAUUGCAUAGGAAGAAAAUACGCUAUGAUGGCUAUGAAAGUUUUAUUGGCAAUGAUCGUGAGAAAGUACGUUUUGAUAAAAGAUCAAGUAAUUUUACUGGAAGACAUAAGAUUGAAAAUUGACUUGAUGUUGAAACCCGUAAAGCCAAUUACUUUGAGAAUAGAAAAAAGGCAUGCAUAAUGAUUAAACGAACUUGAAAUUAAUUCAACUAAUUUUAUAUAUUUCUGAAGAAUAAAAAAUGUUACAUAAAAUAUUGUUUUAUUAUCCAUAACAUAAUAUAUCAUAAGCAACUUUAAUGUUUUU